AUGGCCUCCAAAUACGUGGUCAAACAGGCGCAAACGAAGGAAGAGCUGUAUGCUAUCAUGGAUGUAAUCUGGGCCGCCAAUUAUACGCCAUACGAGCCCAUUGUCCAGAUAGUUUUCCCGGUUCUGGGGUACCAACCAGCUGAUCGUGAAGCAUCCGUGGUGGAAUCAAAGGAACGCUUUUGGAAGAAUCACGAGAACGACCCUUCCAGUAACUGGUUUUACGUUCAAGAGAUAGCAUCAGGGCAUGUCGUAGGUUCUGCGCAAUGGCAGAUAUUCAAGGACAACCCUUUUCCGAAGGAUACGGCACCACUGACGGCGCCUUGGUGGCCAGAGGGUGAACAUCGAGAGUAUUGCGAAUCAAUUCUGAAUCAGAUAUAUAAGCCAAGAGUUAGUUGGAUGAAACGUCCUCACUUGGCUCUGAACUGGAUGGCAGUUCAUCCCUCACAUCGCCGGUGUGGCGUUGCCACGAUGUUGAUGGAAGUCGGAGUGAGCCAUGCGGAUUUUCUCAAUGUUGAAGCUUGGAUGGAAUCAAGCGAAAUGGGCAAGCCGCUCUACGAAAAUCAUGGCUUCCGACCUCUGUUCAAGAUUGACUUUGACACGCAUAAGAAGGACCCGGGCGACAUAUGGAGGAAGUGCGAAUACGAGAUGCGCGUUAAACCGCUCUUUCCAAUGUGGAGACCCAAACAGGGAGACUGGGAGGAGAAGGGAGGCAGGCCUGGUAUUCAGAUGCCUUGGGAAUUGGGCGAGCAAGGCAAUUCAAGAACUUUGGGGAUGGAGAAGGCGCCCGAAAUUUCGGUGGCUAGCCUUCCUCCGGCAGGAGCUUUGGCUGCUGUCUAA